AUUGAUCACGCUAAUACGCCCCGUCAGGAUGGAUGCUAAUGGAGUUAACAAGACAAAAGUCCCGAGGAACCUAGGAUUGCUUUAUAAACCUCCAGUUCCGAAGUCGACCAAACUGCUUGUCUCUAGCCCAGUCUCGCCCACACCGAGAAGUUCCCUCGACACCAGCACACCAUGCCGUCAACUUUCUCUCAGGCUAUCCAAGUCAUAGCCAAAAGCCUCAGUCCCAUCCCCAAGUAUCAGUUCACUCCAGGAAAUGAUGACACCACCAAGGAGACCGGCAUUCUCAAAGACCUACACCAUUUGGGAAUCGAAGACUACAAGACACUGAAAGAUGUUUUGGAAACCGCGGCUACCGGCGAGGAGGACGAUGACUCGCUCUUACAGGAGCGGGUCGUCACCUUGCUAGCCAAACUCCCUCCCCAUUCUCGCGAAGGCAGACAGGCUACCGACGCUUUCAUCAACACGCUCUGGGACUCGCUUGAACACCCACCUGCUCAGCUCGGGAGUGAGAAGACUCGGUAUCGCGAAGCAGACGGGUCAUACAACAACCUGAAAGUCCCUUCCAUGGGCGCUGCCAACACGCGCUAUGCCCGAACCACACCCGCUUUGGUAUUUCAGGCGCCGAAUCCGCCAGAUGCGGGACUCAUCUUCGACAGCCUCAUGGCUAGAGACGACAACUCAUUCCGCGAACACCCAAAUAGAAUAUCUAGCAUGCUAUUCUAUCUAGCGACAAUAAUCACCCACGAUAUCUUUCAAUCUGAUCCGCGCGACGCAAACGUCAACAUGACCUCGUCAUACCUCGACCUCUCGCCUCUGUACGGCAGGAAUGCGGAAGAGCAGAAAGCCAUGAGGACAUUCAAAGACGGGUUGCUGAAGCCGGACUGCUUCUCGUCCAAGAAUCUGUUCGGACUUCCUCCGGGUGUCGGCGUGUUUUUGAUCAUGUUUAAUCGAUUUCACAAUUACGUUGUGACCAACCUUGCAGCGAUUAACGAAGGAGGCCGCUUCUCCAAGCCCACCACCACCACCAACGACAGCAGCAACUGGGAGGCCUGGGAGAAAUACGACAACGACCUCUUCCAAACCGGACGUCUCAUCACCUGCGGGCUGUACGUGAACAUCAUCCUCAAGGACUACGUGCGCACGAUCCUCAACGUGAACCGCACCGCCUCGGCCUGGGACCUCGACCCGCGGACGCGCGAAAAGAAGAGCGCGCUCAACAGCGCCCCCGCCCCGCAGGCGACGGGCAACCAGGUCUCGGUCGAGUUCAACCUCGUGUACCGCUGGCACAGCGCGCUGUCGGCGCGGGACGCGAAGUGGGUGACCGACGACCUGCGCACGCACCUCGGCGGCGCGGACCCCGCCAGCGCGAGCGUCGACGAGGCGCUGCAGGCCCUCGCGCGGUACCGUCUCGGCAUCCCCGCGGACCCGGCCGACCGCGAGCUCGCGGGGCUGCGGCGAGACGCGGACGACGGCACGUACUCCGACGACGCCCUGGUCGAGAUCCUGUCCGCGUCCGUCGAGGACGUCGCGGGCGCGUUCGGCGCGAACCAGGUCCCGGCCGCGCUGCGCGUGAUCGAGGUGCUGGGCAUCGCGCAGGCGAGGGGGUGGCGCGUGGCGACGCUCAACGAGUUCCGGCAGCACUUCGGGCUGAAGAAGCACGCCGCGUUCGAGGACAUCAACCCGGACCCGGCGGUCGCGCGGAAGCUGAUGGCGCUGUACGACUCCCCCGAUGCCGUGGAGCUGUACCCCGGCAUCGUGGCCGAGAAGCCGAAGCCUCCUAUGUCGGGGAGCGGGCUUUGCGUUAAUGUUACCACGAGCCGGGCGAUCCUGUCUGAUGCGGUGGCGCUGGUGCGUGGGGAUCGCUUUUACACUACUGAUUAUACGCCGGCGAAUUUGACGAACUGGGGAUACAACGAAGCCAACUUCGACCUAGGGGUGAAUCAAGGACAUGUGAUGCACAAGCUGAUAUUCCGCGCCUUCCCCUUUCACUUUGUGAAUAACAGCAUCAUGGCGCAUUUCCCCUUCGUCGUGCCGGCAGAGAACAAGAUUAUCCACGAUGCUUUGGGAACAUCCGAGCUAUAUUCGUGGGAGAAGCCAACGCGACAGAUGGACCCCGUGAUACUCAAAUCCCACGAGGCCGUCAGCCAAGUGCUUGCCAACAGCCAGGACUUCCACGUCCCCUGGGGCGAGAGCAUAUCCUACCUCGUGAGCUCGGCGGGCAAGACCUUCGGGAAGGACUUCUGCCUCGCGGGCGACGGCCCCGCCAACCACCAGAGCCGGAUCCACGUCGAGCGGUGUCUGUACCAGCCGACGCAGUGGGAGGCGGAGAUCAGGCGCUUCUUCGAGCUGACCACGACGAACCUCCUGAAAAAGGCCGGCGUGGCGCUACCGCCCAGCCCGGGGCUGCCUGGAGAGGAGUUCGAAGUCGACAUCAUCCGCGACGUCAUCGUCCCGCUGAACACGCGGUUCGUGGCCGAGUUCUUCGGGCUGCCGAUCAAGACGGCGGAGACGGCGCCGCACGGCAUCUACACGGAGCACGAGCUGUACGGGAUCCUGACGGGCAUGUUCUCCGCCGUCUUCUUCGACAGCGACCCGGCCAACUCGUUCAAGCUGCGCACGCGGUCGCGCGAGCUCGCGCUGGGGCUGGAGCAGCUCGUGCGUCUUGAGGCGGGCGCGGCGAGGACGGGUUGGGUUGCGAAUGUGGCUGCGCGGCUGGGGAUCAAGACUGCUGGUGCUAAUAAUCAUAGCAAAAACAGUAAGGUGGGUGGGGUGAUAGGUACGAAGGGGGGCAAAGGCGCCGAGAAAAAGGAAGAAUGGCCGUCGCUCCCGGAUUACGGUAGACAGCUGCUUUUGCGGAUGAUGGAGAAGGGCAAGACGGUUGAGGAGUGUGUUGCCGGGACUGUCAUGCCUAUCAGUGCCGCCGGAGCAACAAUCAUGUCCGGCCUCCUCUCGCAAUGCCUCGAUUAUUUUCUCGGAACCGGAAGUGAGCAUCUGCCCGAACUGCACCGUCUCGCCCGCUUGGACACGAAAGAAGCCGACGAAGCCCUCAUGCACUACAUGCUAGAAGGCAUCCGCCUCCUCGGCACCGUCGUAAUCGCCCGCACCAUCCCCCGCACCAGCACCCCCCAAACCAUCAUCGACGAAACCCCUUGCCUCGCCCCUCCCCCCCACCCCCCCUCCCUAAUCCCCACCCCCAACCCUCCCCCCUCCCGCCUCGCCUCCCGCGUCACCUACCUCCUCCCCCCCUCCUCCCGCGUCCUCCUCUCCCUCACAACCGCCUCCCACGACCCCCACCUCUUCCCCUCCCCCUCCACCCUCUCCCUCUCCCGCCCCUUAACCUCCUACUCCCUCUCCUGGGGCGGCAGCGCCCACAGAUGUCUCGGCGAACCCCUGACCCGCACCGCUCUGGCCGCGGCAUUCAAGGCCAUGUUCCGGGAGCUGCCCAACCUGCGGCGAAGCGGGGGCGAGAUCCGCGGCCUCGAUUUCCACGAGUGGCGGGGCCAGGCUGGGCGGAAGGCUGUGCGGGGGGCGGCGGGGGGCGAGUGGACGGGGCUGAGGGUUUACCUCACGGCGGACGAGGGCGCGUUUUCGCCGGUGCCGACGGGGUUGAGGGUGCGGUGGGAUGGGAGACCGGGCGGUGGUGCUGCUACUAAUAAUGAUGUUACGAAGGGAAGAGGGUCUGAAAGUGGAAGAGGAAGUAGAGAAGGGGCUUGGGUUGAGGUUGGCCGUCGGAGUAGAGCAGAGUAGAGUCGGUUUAUCUUGUCACUUAAGUACCUGUAAACUUUUGGAUGACUAGGCGAGGCACACGGAGUUUUUGGUUUGGGGAAUUUUUCUGCGAACACUGGGGUUUGCUGUUUUUUCAAAGUUAGGUACUAUCUUAAUAUAUUGGCUAUUUCCUAUAACUAUCUGCCUCAGUAUCCAUACGAAAUUGUCGGUGCUUGGGUAUAUCUGAACCUAACGAUACAGGCAGUGCAAUCCUAGAUAGGUAGGUAGUUACUGGAGCAC